UACCUCUACCACCUCCUGGAACAGAUUGAUAGUCAUGUAUCCUCGGUUUGUUUAUCUCGUGUUUGAAAGAUGUAGUCUCUCUAAUGAAUGAUCUUUCUGUAACAAUGAGCACAAGGCAAUAUAAUCGUUAACAUGUCAAUAGUAAACCUGGGUGUUCAAGAGCCAACAGAAUACAAUACAUUCAGUAGAUGCAGGAUUAUCCACUGGCAACAAAGGUGACAUAAGGUUUAUUAGCAGUCAUGAUGUCAGAGGAACAAAUGAUCGAUGGAGACACGUCUGGUUUGCUGGAAGAAGAUGAGGAUGGAUUACAGCUAGAACUCCAAGAGCCCCUGGUGCCCACGCAACAGUCAGAGCCCUCUAGUGGGAGCCAUGGAUCAGCAUCCUAUGUUAUAUUUGCCUCCAUGAUGGCUGCCCUGGGAGGACUUCUAUUUGGAUAUGAUGUUGGUAUUAUAUCUGGUGCACUACUUCAACUGAGGGAGGUGUUUAACAUGACCUGUUUCCAGCAAGAGAUGGUGGUCAGUUCCAUGUUGAUGGGGGCCCUAUUGGGAUCUUUACUUGGAGGUUUUCUUGUUGAUCACUAUGGUAGGAGACUGUCUAUCAUCAUCAAUGCCCUGGUCUUCAUCCUUGGUGCCAUCAUCCUAGCUCUGGCUCCUAACUACCCAGUUCUGAUUGUAGGGAGAAUCCUAGUGGGCUUUGCAGUGUCAUUGUCAGCCAUUGCAGAAUGUGUUUACAUAUCGGAGAUAGCACCUGCUCGUAGAAGAGGUUUACUAGUCUCUCUGAAUGAGUUAGGCAUAACUCUAGGCCUCCUACUGGCAUACCUGGUCAACUACCUCUUUAUCAAUACAGAGAAUGGCUGGAGGUACAUGUUUGGCCUAUCUGCAGUUGCAGCGGCCAUACAAGGAAUAGGGAUGAUUUUUCUGCCACAAAGUCCACGAUUUCUUAUGCUAAAGAAACAGGAACAAAAGGCUAGGACAGUGCUCCAGAAGUUACGCUGUAGUAAUUCAGUGGAUCGAGAGUUAAAUGGCAUGAGAAUCUCAAUUGCCGCAGAGCAGAGCCACAGCCUGUUUGACCUGUUUAGUUCAGCUGAUAACAUGAGAGGUAGAAUGUUCAUUGGAACAGGCAUCAUCUUUUUUCAGCAGUUCACAGGGCAACCUAAUGUGUUGUACUAUGCUCCCACUAUAUUCCUAUCAUUAGGUUUCCACAACAGUUCAGCUGCUACCCUAGCAACAGUUGGCCUGGGAACAGUAAAGGUCAUAUCUACAAUAGUGUCAUUGCUUUCUGUUGACAAGGCUGGAAGAAGAAAAUUCUUGAUAGGUGGCGCUUUGGGGAUGAUGUUCAGUAUAUUGUUACUAGCUGUUCUCACGCAAUCCCUGCCACAAGACAUGCAAGUGAAAGAUUGUAACAGAAAUUCAGUAAUCGCAGUAAAUAGAACAUCAAAUGGAAGUUCAUUGAUUAUAGACUUCCCCGAUGAUUCACUAAAGACAGCAGAUCAAGCUAAACUUUAUAGAAGAUCUGUAAACAACUCUAGUGAACUCUAUCACACAACUCAAGACCCAGAUGAGAGUGAUUCAACCAAGAAGGGGGCUGGACCCACAACUGUAUUGCCAUUUGACCUGAACACUGAUUUUGCUGUUGCCACGGCAAAAUGGGCUGCAUUGUUUGCACUCAUGGUCUAUGUGGCUUCAUAUGCAAUGGGAUUUGGACCAGUGUCAUGGCUAGUACUAAGUGAGAUAUUCCCUGCAUCAAUCAAAGGACGUGCAAUUGCCAUGACAACUGUGUUUAACUGGGGAACAAAUCUUGUUAUUUCAAUGACAUUUCUAAACCUGAUAAAAACAAUAGGUAUAGGCUGGUUGUUCACUGGCUACGCUUUUGUCUGCUUUAUCGCAACAUGUUUUAUAUUUUCUUUUGUCCCAGAGACAAAAAAUCGAAGUUUAGAGCAAGUAUCAAAUGAAAUGAAGAGUAGUUCUGCUUUAAAAAGAAUGGUGGCAAAUUGUCAGAUGGUCCCAUGUUUCAAGCCUUGUGAAACAAGUGGAAAUGUUGUCAUUUCUUCAUCAGAUUAUGAGCAAGUGUCAGAGCAGACUUCUGCAACAUAAGUUAAUUGUCCCGUUGUGAAAGAAAUGAUGGUCCCCC